CAUGGUGUGUGUGUGUUUCUCUGCAUUGGGCAUUGUGAUACCAGAGUAUCAGAUCAGACAGGGAUGGCAACAGUUUACCUAAUCCUCCUCCUGUGUGUGAUGCUGCUAGACUGCCGGCUGGGCUGGGGAGCCCCAGUGUUCCUGUCAGGCCAGGCAGCAGACAGUGUGCUGAGGAGACAGAGGCGCCACAACACAGGGGUGUUCGAGGAGCUGUUAUGGGGGAACCUGGAGAGAGAGUGUCUGGAGGAGAGGUGUGACCUGGAGGAGGCCAGGGAAGCAUUUGAGAAUGAAGAGAAGACGAUGGCGUUUUGGGCCGCUUAUGAAGAUGGGGACCAGUGUAAGUCGUCCCCCUGUCUAAACCAGGGCUCAUGUAAAGACCAGAAAGGAUCCUACUCCUGCAUCUGUCUACGAGGCUUCACUGGGACGAACUGUGAGAUAGUAACAGUUAGACAGUGUGCUGUGAAUAAUGGAGAAUGUAUGCAUUUCUGUGAGAACCUGGACACCUAUGGGGCAGAGUGUAGCUGUGCAGAGGGCUACAAGCUGGCGCAGGAUCGAGUCAACUGCAAUCCUGAAGUGGAGUUUCCUUGUGGCAGAGACAGGCGGACUGUGAUCACGGGCAUGUCUAGAUCAUUACUCCCCCUUAAGAACACAAGAUCAGAUGCCAACGUCACUACAACCCCCUCCCUCACCCCAGCCAAUACCACCAAGCCCCCUGUCGGAGACCUCAACGUCAGAAUACGUAUUGUAGGUGGCGUCACAGUCACCCCUGGAGAUAUCCCAUGGCAGGCUGCUCUGGUGCAGAGGCCCAGUGGUCAGGUUUUCUGUGGGGGCUCUAUCCUCAGUCAGUUGUGGGUCAUCACUGCUGCCCACUGUCUGGUGGAGGGACAGCAGGGAUAUUUUUUCGUCAGAGUGGGGGAGCAUAACAUCAAUGACAAAGAGGGCACGGAACAGGACCACGAGGUGUCGAAGCAGUACAAACAUCCACUCUACGACUCCCAGCAGAGUCUGUACAACCACGAUAUCGCCCUGCUGCGCCUGCACAACCCCAUCACAUUCUCCUCCCACGCCAGACCCAUCUGCCUGGGGCCCAAGGUCUUCACCGAGGACCUGGUGAAGGAUCAAUCCCCGGCUACGGUCAGUGGCUGGGGUCGCACACGCUUCCAGGGGGCCACGUCUCACUUACUACAGAAGGUAGAGGUGCCAUUUACAGAGAGGACGUCGUGUAAGGAUAGCAGUAGUGCCCGUAUCACCAAGUAUAUGUUCUGUGCCGGCUAUGCUCACGUGGCCAAAGACUCGUGCCAGGGGGACAGCGGGGGUCCCCAUACCAACCGUUACCAUGACACCUGGUUCCUGACAGGGAUAGUGAGCUGGGGAGAGGAGUGUGCCAAGGAUGGGAAGUAUGGGGUAUACACCAGAGUGUCGCAUUACUAUAGAUGGAUACGUCACGUUAUGUCAGUGACCAAGCGCAUGCUGCAUGACGUCCUGGAUGACUAACCCCUGACCUUUGACCCUCAGGGUCCACGCUGGCUUUUUUUGUUCCAGGUCUUUUGGGGGUUCAGGAGAUGUGUCUGUUUUGUAUUCAAAUAGAGAGCGUCUUCUUGUAGCUGGUGAAGAUAAGCAUUACAUGAUAGAGACCUGUAUGGCGAACAGAUGCUUAUGCCUACUGAACAUUUAUUAUGCUUAUUCAGAAAACAAAAACUAUAAUUUACUGGCAAAUGGCUGUAUGCAAGCAACUAACACUUCUUUAUUGUAUUCUAAUAUAGAAGAAAAAACAUUAAACUCUAAGGCGCAGAAGAAACCUGUAUUAUUUCAAUAAAUACUUUAUUUGGUCUAUAUACAAUACUGAAGCUGUAUAAAAAUGCAGCCAAUCAACAACGAUGACUGAAGAACAAUAAUAAAAACCUGAAACCUGCCACGUCCGGUCAAUAUUCAGUCAGCCAUGCUAUGUUCUCUUAUGAGAAACACUUAGCAACGAGCUUACAGCGCUUGUCAAAGACGCACAGCAUUUUCAAGCAUAUUUCUGUCUCUAUUUUUGAACAUCACAGUUCAGUGCAAAAUGUGCAGCAAAAGAAAGAAAACCCAGCUAAUUCUGCCAUAUGAGGAGAGAAACCCAUUGAUGCGACGCGCAGCAGUCAAGCAGGUCUCCGUUAAGGGUAGAUAGACAAUUUUACUGGGCUGCACAGCUGCUUACCGCCGCGAAGGAACAACUUGAUAGCAAAAUUAAUUAAUGAAUUAAUAAGAAGACAUUAGUAGUGUGGCGCUGUGCUCCCGCUGUUUUCCUGGCUCAUUUCCACAUCAAACGCAGCAUAUGAAAGGCAGGCCUCCGACUGGGGCCUUGAUUUGAUGUAGUAAAUUCAUAUAAGUCCGCAAUCAAUAUUUAAUUAAGCGUUCAACAUAGCGUGUAUAUUUCAUGUUUGCUGUAUGAUCCUGUUUAAUGGGAAGCCUAAGAUUAAUUGCAAGGCCGUGAAGGAGACGAGUAGAGGAAGAGAGAGUGGCACAUUUCUCCCUCUCUCUUGAUCCAGCUCUCUCUCUCUUGCUCCAUUUUGUGCUGUCACACCGGGGAGACAGAGUGAAAUCCUGGGGAGAAUGACAUCAGUCUUUGCUGGCGCCACGCGGGUAGUAGCUCUUCCCCAUAUCACUAUAGACCUGAGGAGUACCCUUCUAUCAGUCACCAUCACCUCACAAGAUGUCGGAAUUGACCAUCCGUGACAUCUUAACUUUAUGUAUAUUGGGGCGGUGUGUCUCCUCGCCAUUGACACACACUGAGCUUCGGAAAAGAAGUUGAAAAAGAAUAGGUAUGAAUCAGGAAAACAUGAAGGAGGUAUUGUGUUCAUGGAGAGCUCAAUUUCUCUAGAGCCUUUGGAAAGAUAGUAAAGCUUUCCUCUUGUUUCCUUUCAGCUUGCAUUUAGCUUAUAAGCAUUAAUAAAGUGCCAGUGGAGUAUAGGUCUGAUGUGAGGUAGAAGCAAGACUGCGGUUGAUAUUGCGGACAGUACAUUUAUCAAAGAGGAGCUCGAUUCCAACAUUGCAGGAAUAAAAAGGCAUUAUUGGCACGGCACGUUUUGGCAUUUCAAGCUUGGAGAGCUAAGAGAAGGGUGCCUUAAGGAAUAAGACAGGAUGGAUACCUAAACAACAUGAUCAUGUAUAAUAAAUGAACAUCAACAAACAAUAGACCAACAUUCAAGUAUACACAUCCAAAAUGAAUGACAUAGCUAUGUACAAAAGUAUCUUUUUAAGAAAUGUUUCAGGCGAAAACCCGGAUUAUUAUGACGCAUAAGAAUAAACGCAUAAACAUACAAACAACAACUGCAUUCUCACUGAUUAGCAAUGACGGUUAAGAAUCCCUCAGAGAGCGAGAGUCCAUGGAUGUAAUCCAGCUACAGCAGCCCAACAGAAAAGCCCAUUGGUUGGGUCUAAGAGGAAGUGGGGGAUUGAAUUUUAAGUCCCAAACCUUUUUACAUGUCCCUUGUCCUUCACCAAACCGUGUGCCUUUGUGCUGGUAGAACCCUGUGCUGUCUAAAGUGUUUGGAGGGUAACAUUCAUAAAGUGUGUCCACUGUCCAUCAUGGUGGGCAAAAAAAAAAAACUGGUCCUCAUGUUACUGGCCCAGAAAAAUGUCAAUCAAAAACCCAGACCUAAAACUCCUACGUCCUUCUUAAAUUGGCUAGUUGUCUCUAAUCGUGGCCAAUCAGAGCACUUUGAGGAAGCAGAGUUUAAGAUAUUCCAUCAGUCAUGACCUCAAAAUGUCUAAUGGAAAACAGUCUGUCUUUUCAGUCUGUCAAUCUUUGUAAAGGUCCAACAAAAGGUGUUGCUGCCUUCCAAAGCUCCUCCGAAGUGGGAAAUACAAGGUUCCGACUAACCACUUUCCCAGGUCCCGCGAGCACUUGAAGACAGCAUUUUCCCUCUAAGGGGAGCUGAGCUUUCUGGCCUUCAGAUUCCCUGGAUCUGCAUAAAAGAUAGGAGACACAAAUGAUUCAAAGAAACCCAUCUAAUGAGCUACAUGUCAGAGAGGAGGAUUGAGAGUACAAAUGGCUUUAGAAACUUCUUCCUCUGUACUGUAACACUAACCUUACCUCUUAGUCUGGUGGACUGUCCUCUACUGCCGUUUCCCAGAAUCAUGUGCAGGUUGGGGACUGGGAUGAUACCCUCCUGUCUGCGACUCAGGUUCUUCACCAGCCUGGAGAUGGAGUGAGGGAGGGAGGCUUUAGAGGAGUUAAAGGCCCAGUACAGUCAAAAACAUGAUAUUACUGUUUCUCAUUUAAAACAAACAUUUGUUUAUAUAAAUAUAUAUUUUUUAAUCACACUGAGGUUUGAAUAUUACUGAGAAAUUGUGAAAAUUAUGAUAAGGCCAUUUUAAUGUUAGAGCCAUUUGAAAAAAACAUGACAUUUCAACCUGUUUUGGUGGAAUGGGAGUUUUGGUCUGCCUGGUGACAAUUAGUUAAUAGACCAAUAAGAAAUAGAGUUCCAAGCCUUUCAGAUUUCCCCUCCCCACUCAGAGCACUCUCAGACAGUCCUAGCAACAUUCUUGCUUGAGAAAUUGCUCACUGUUAAGAAACAUAUGUAUUUCUUUGACCAUCUUAAUUGAAAAAAAUCACAGUACUUACUGAUUUAAUAUUGAGAUACAAACUUUAGCUGCAUUGGACCUUUAAGGUGAAGGGCAGGACACACGAUAAUGAAAUUGGCGGAGCGCCGCAGUGUGCAGAAGAUAACCUGCUGGGUGUUGACGAAUGGUGGCCAUUCAACAUGUAGAAUUGUUGUGAAAUGACAAUAAAAUGGUAGCCGAUAGGACUGCCACACGCUGCUUU